UUUUCUACUGUUGUGAUUUUUUUGUGAUUGCGAAAAGACGAAAGUUCUAUUUACGUUUUGUUCAUCAAAUUUUCUUUCAAGUGAUAAUUUAUGUUAUAACGUUUCGGUUUAAUUCCAAGUUACAAUCAUUUCAGAUAAAUAUCUACUCGAAUUAUCGGUGAAAUCCAGUACAAUGUUCAUUCUUGAUACAUCCAUUCUCAAUAACAUCGUAGAAAAUGAACGCAAAUUGUUCCAGGAAAGAAAAGCAUACCGGGAAAAUUAUGUGAAAUGUCUCUGCAAGGAAGAGCAGUUUCUGUUAUCACUCAUACAGGAAAGGAAAAAUGAUGAACAACGAUGCAAAAACAUGAAGAAAGAUAUCAUGAAAACGAAAGCUGAAAUGAAAACCAUUUCAACGUCGAUAGACAACUUGGAGAAAGAAAAUCAACAACUUAAAGCUAAAGUUAAAAGUAUCGAUACUGUUAUCCAGAACAAAAUAAUUAGCGAGGAAGACGUGAAUCCUAAAUAUAAAAACUUGACCAGACGAACUAAAGCUCUGGACAAAACUUACGAUAAUUCUGAUGUUUUGAAAACAACUCAUAAAACCGUCAUACAUAAACUGAAUUUGUACAAGGAGUAUCUUGGUUGUAAUGUUAUGUUUGAAGAACCCAACAUUUAUAUAUUUACUUUUCUGAUGGAAGGUCAAGGCGAAGGAUGUAUCAAAUUUCAGUACGAUUCUGAAUGGACUGUCGUAGAUUAUAAACCUGAAAAUUUGCUUACUGAUGAAGAUAUUAAACAAUUCCAUAAGCUACAAGAUACUCAAAAAUUACUAGCGAAUUUGAUGAUUCGAUGAAUAUGAAAAUGAUGUAUUGCGAAGUUGAUUUCUAAUUUUAUGUACUGUAACCGCAUCAAGUUCUGUUUUAUGAAAUCUACGAACGUAGUGUAGUAUUGUUAUUUGAGUUAUACCAUUUUAGAUUAGAUUCUAGUUUUUGUCGUUUAGUAAUAGUUUUUUAUGUUGUAAGGAAACUGCGUGCGUGUAAUUUGUGAUUGUGAGUGUAAAAUAUGUGUGCUGUACAGCGAAGUGAGUGAGGAUGGUCAUCUGGAUUAGUUUUUUGUACUAUAUUAUUUUUGUAGUUUUAUUUUUAACGGUCAACCUCAGGUUUUACUUCUUUUUUCUGCUAUUCUGCUAUUGAUAAAUAUAGAAUUAAAUCGAAUGUA